AUGCUCGUAGCUAAGAUUCGCUAUAGUGGACCCUCCACUUGCAGAUGCAUCCGUUUUCCUUCCACGCCUGAAGGUUGGGCCCCUCCGCGGCUCUUUCUGGCCCCUUACGGCCCCUCCGCGGCCCCGCCUAGGCCCCUCCGUGACCUCGUCUGGCCCCCCUUUACGGCCCUGCUACGGCCCUGCCUGGCCCCUUUACGGCCCCGCUACGGCCCCUUUGCGGCCGCGUCGCCACCUGCGGCCCCGUCGCCACCUGCAGCCCCGUCGCCACCUGCGGCCCCGUCGCCACCUGCGUCCCUGCCGACACCUGCAGCCCCACCGCCACCUACAGCCACGUCGCCACCUGCAGCCCCGCCGCCACCUGCGGCCCCGUCACCACCUGCGGCCUCGCUGCCACCUGCGGCCUCGCCACCACCUGCGGCCCCGCCGCCCAGUGCCCGCACCGCCGAGCAGCCGAACCGCCGGCCAGCUGAGCCGCCCGACCGCCGAGCCGCCCAGCAGCCGAGCCGCCCGACCGCCGAGCCGCCCAGCAGCCGAGCCGCCCAGAAGCCAAGCCGCCCAGCACAGAGCAGCCGAGCCGCCCGACCGCCGAGCCGCCGAGCAGCUGAGCUGCCCGACCGCCGAGCCGCCGCGUCGCCCGACCGCCCCACUUGCCUGGUAGAUGAUCUGCAGCUUUUCCUGCAGUGCGAUAGGGUAGACGGCCUCUCCCUGUUUGACCUCACUUUUGGUGCCUUCCCUGCCCCUACUGCCGAUGCUGAUGCCACUGUUCGCUCACAGUGGGCCACGCGCGAUGCUGCUGCUCGCCUUGCUGUGCGCCGCCACUUACCGACCACUGAGCGUGCACACUUUAGCCAGUACAAGAGUGCUCAGACCUUGUACGACGCUGUAGUUGCACGCUACUCUUCCCCUGCCACUGUUGCACUGAGCCGCCUCAUGCUACGGUACCUCUUCCCUGACCUUGGUGCCUUUCCCACAGUCGCUGACCUCAUUACGCACCUCCGCACUAGUGACACUCGCUACCGCGCUGCGCUUCCUGCUGAGUUCUGCGCCAAGAACCCCCCCCCCCCCAUGUACAUCACCCUCUACUACAUAGUCACCUGGCUCCCUGACUCUCUCCGUGUAGUCACGGACCACUUCUUCUCAGUUUGCCCCACCACUCUCACCGUUGACCUCCUCAAGAAGGCCCUCCUAGCGAUAGAGAAGAGCAUAGUCGCUAGAGGAGCCUCUCGUGGUGACCCUCGCACCCCCGUAUUUGAGGGGUGUUCUCCAUCCACCCUCUUGCCCUCUGUUGCCUCUUCUGCUGCGGUCGACCUCGUUAGUUUCGAGUCGGUCGACUCUGCGUCUGCCCCGAGCGGGAGACGCCGCACCGGCAAGGGCAAGGGGGGCAAGGGCGCUGGAGGGGCUAGAGGGGGCGGUGGAGGUGGUAGUGGAGGCAGUGGAGGGAGUGGGGGUGGUGGUGGGAGUGGUGCCGGGGGUGGCGGCGGCGGCGGCAGCAGUGGAGGCGGCGGAGGCGGUGGAGGUGGCGGAGGGAGCGGAGGCGGCGGAGGUAGUGGAGGAGGCGGAGGUGGAGGAGGCGGCGGAGGCGGCGGCAGCGGCGGAGGCGGCGGUGGUGGAGCAAGUCGUGACUCUGCGCAGAGGAGUGGCGCCGGUGGUGGUCAGUGCCAGCAGCAGCAGUGGAGUGGUGCCGGGGCUGCUAUCUUUGAUCUUGACUUUGAUGCUAUCCUUGCUGCCAUUUAUGCUGUUGAUACUAGUGUUGCUGGUGACUGUUACCUGUGUGUACCGCCUGACCCGGGCAUUGAGGCUACUGCUCUAGGUGCUGGUGAGGCUGCUGCUCUAGGUACUAGUGCGUCUGCUGCCCUAGGUGCCAGUGCGUUUGCCGCCCCACGUGCUUGUGAGUCUGCUCUCUCAUGUACUACGUCCGCUCAGGCCUUCCAUACCUUCAACCUCGACUCGGGUGCAUCCCGCUCCUUCUUUCGAGACCGCACCACUCUUACGCCGCUCAAUCGGCCGGUUGUAGUCUCCCUAGCAGACCCCUCUGGGGGUCCUGUCUUUGCUAGCUUCUCCACUGUCCUUCCGUGCCCGGCAGCCCCCUCUGGCACCCUGUUUGGUCUCUACCUCCCCUCGUUCUCUACGAACUUGGUGAGUGGAGUGGACCUACAGGAUUGA